AUGUCCCUGAAGUUUGAUCCGGAUGAUUCCCUCUUGAAUGCGUCCUGGGCCACUGUUCUUCUGAGCGAACGAGAUGUAGCUGGCCAAGUCCCUAUCAACUUUGUCACUACUUCGGCUAUAUCUUUGCGGGCAGCGUGCUUUGGCGACAACAAGUUCGGACGGGCAGCGGGCGGAAAAUGCCUAUCUAACUUGCUUGCUAUCGGCUACCGGCGUUUCAAUGUCGAUCUAUAUUGGUCGCCGGACCAUUCGCGUUGGAUUCUAUGCCCUGUUUCGAUCCCCCAAAACCUGCAUGUUGUGACAACGACCCCUGGCGCUUCUCCAACCGCAACUGCAGAGGCUGCCCAGGGUACGGUCACGGUGGAAUCGGACGAGUCGACGGGGGAUAUACUUUAUGAUCUUGGCCCCUAUAAAUGCUCAGAUGGGCUGGAUCUAGUGGAUGUGCUGGAUAUUUUCCACGAUUACUUCCGGUAUACUGAUACCGAUCUGGUGAUGUAUACGAGAUACCUAUCCUUAAAUCUCCAUGCCGCCGCCGACCCCGCAGAAGCGGGCUCUCCCGCAUCGUUUGUUGACAGCGGACAGCUUCCAGCCAAACGGGAUCGUGUCAGUUCAAUAUUGGACGAACAGCUCGGAUCAUACAUCUAUGGUCCGUCCAGUUUGUUUAAGGAUCGCCGUAACCUGAAUGAAUCUUGGUAUGAAGUUGACGAGACGUAUAAACCUAUCGUUGAAUAUUUCACCAUUGAGAAAGACCCGGGUGGUGUGCAAAGCACGCCAGAUGGGUGGCCUAGCAUGAAAUUCAUCCAACUGGCUGCCGAAAAACGGCUGCUGGUUGAAUAUGGCUCAAUUGAUCCCCAGCUUAGCAGUUAUGAUCUCUCGCAAGAAAACGAUGUCAUAUUUUCUCCUGGUUAUAUGACUUCUACUAUACCCGUCAGCGCCGGCGAUGAUGGAAGUCUAGAUACUGGCUGCUUAUACAAUCCAAAUACAACCGAUGUGUCCAGAGUCAACGCAUCUUGGGCAUUAGCAGACCAUAUCCCUAUUCCGCAAACCCUUAGCGAUCAGUCACUUCUGAAUGUCUCGGACCUAAUUGUGAACCUCACGCAAUGUGGAAUGACGGCCACUCUCAACCAGACCCUGUUCGGCCUUACUGCGGACAACAAGCCAGACCCAUACCGCAACCUUACUUUAUCAUCCUCCUGGGCGUGGACCCUAGGCGAACCUGCAGCGCGGCCCUCCGACCUUGACUACGCCGAAUCGGACGACAAGCGUUGCGCCGUCAUGGACCUCACCCUCGAUGGACGAUGGCGCACCGCAAACUGCAGCGAAACGCACCGCGCCGCUUGUCGCAUAGACAAUCAACCAUACCGCUGGGCUCUCUCCACGGACGCCUUUACAUACCACGACGCAUACGACAACGCCUGCCCAUCACCCAGGCAAUUCUCAGUGCCCCGCACAGGUCUCGAAAACACAUACCUAUUUCGCCAUUUGCUCUCUUUGUCACCAGGACUUGUUGACCCUGCAUCUUCUGACCCGCUCAAGCGCGAGGUUUGGAUCGACUUCAAUUCCAUCGAUACGGAAACCUGUUGGGUAACUGGUGGUUCUGAAGCCAAAUGCCCUUAUACAUCGGAUCCAGACCAGCUUGAAAAACGCACAGUCCUGGUUGCUGCUAUUGCUGGUAUAGUUAUUUGCAUAAUUGCCGCUUUGACGUUGUUCGUCAAAUGCAAUGCCAAUCGGCGGAACUCGAGGCGGAACAAGAGAGUUAUUCAGGGUUGGGAGUAUGAAGGGGUGCCGUCUUAA